AUGAGCGACAAAGAGGAGGAAAAUAAUCAACAGAAGGAGGAAACUACGAGCAAAACAGAAUCGUCAACUGUGGAAGAUGCUGAAAUGGAAGAGGAUAACCUUGACUAUGAAAAAAUUAAGGUGUUACCAGGAGCUUCUGAAGAUGGCACUCUUGCGUCUUUCCAAAUUGUUGACGAAGACCAUACCUUAGGUAAUGCCCUACGUUAUAUAAUUAUGAAGAAUCCCGCGGUAGAAUUCUGCGGUUAUUCAAUUCCUCAUCCCUCAGAGAACAAGAUGAAUGUCAGAAUUCAAACUUACGGAGAUCAGACUGCUGUUCAAGUGCUACAUAAAGGUCUAGAUGAUUUAUCAAAUUUGUGCGAGUACAUAGAGGACACUUUUAUGGCUAAAGUGAACGCCAAAGACUUUGCAACUGAAGAGCCUUAA